UGGGAACAGUUAGUCCUGUGCUAGCGCAAUGAACAGACUCUGACCAGCAGUGUCUCAUAUUAUUUGUAAGAAAUGUCGUUCGCUAUAACACGUGUUCUGCGUCACACGAUCGCAUGGCUGAUCAUCUGUAAUGCUGUAAAUGGCCGAGAUCGUUUGCAAUGUAGAGACGAAGCUAAUUCGCCAGUCGACUGGUACGUGUUGUACAAGUUACCGAAAACGUCGAGAAGCAGCAAUCCCUUGAUCAGAGAAGGCCUCGCAUAUUUGUUCGUAACGAACCGAAGCGUCGAAACCGGUUGGCGAUUGUCCACAAGGUCCAUUGGUUCGAACAACUCUAUCCCUGGAUUCACAUUAGCGCCUCUUUACGAUCGAGCAAACGAAAACAAAAGCUUGUGGACACUGUACAACGACAGCCCGCCGGAUGCCCCGGCGAUCAUGAGAUACGGCCACACGAAGGGCGUGGUGAUCGCCGGCAUCGACCAAGGCUUCUGGUUGAUCCACAGCGUGCCCGGUUUCCCGCCGGUGCCAAAAGGUGGCAGAUUAACGCGGCCUUCGAGAAGGAAAGACGUGACAAUCGAAGGCAGAUACGCUUAUCCGGAAAGCGGAACGUUUUACGGGCAGAGUUUUCUCUGCGUGACGCUCGGCAGCGAUCAGUUCGACAUCGUCGGCAAGCAGCUGAUGUACAACGAGAUAUCGGUCUACUCGAAAAACGUGCCCGAAUCGCUGGGCGUGCGGUAUCCGGUGUUGUGGAGCGCGACCAAUCAGAAACGCGUCAAAACGGCCCCGUAUAACAACAAAGCUAGCAUAAUAUCUCUGGGCUCCACGAACUUCACCUCGUUCGCCAAAGGCAGCAAAUGGCAGAAAGAUUUGUAUGCCGACUUCGUUGCGCCGCAAUUGCAGACGGAUCUGUACGUGGAAUCCUGGCUGAACGGCCGGGGAAAGCUUCCCUCCAGUUGCUCCCGCAGAAAAAUCUACAACGUGAGAUCGCUGACAUUGGAGGCGGCGAACAUCGAAUUUUCGAGCAGCCGGGAUCACUCGAAAUGGGCCAUAACGGUGACCAAUAAAACGACCACUCACGUGACCUGCGUCGGCGACAUCAACAGAGCGGACACGCAGUACACCAGAGGCGGCGGAACCGUGUGCUUCAAGCAGCCACAAUUGUGGAUCGACUUUCGGAACGCUAUAAACGACGUGGAGCCUUGUCCUUCGUAAACAACGUUGUUUCCCGGACGGCCAAUGCCGAUCGAGCUCUAGAGUAGAAUUCAUUAACCUGUACGUCCCCGCGGGCGGCUAGUGCAAUAAAAUUACCGUAACCGAGAGCGUCGCGGGAACACGGGACACUCGUCGUUAACUGUAA